GCUUGCAGUAUAUAAAGUAGAGUUUUGUAUGGCAAAUUAUUUGCUGUUUGCCUGAGAUACUAUUUCUGUAGAACAUCUAUUUACAGGAUUUGAUAUAAAACAAUAAAACUGACCUGGUAUGAAUUUAUGCAGGAACUUCCCCUGGAGAGUUUCACAGUGAACUGAUUGCCGGCUGAUUUGGUGCAAAGAUCCCAGAGAGUAAAGCAGGAAUGUACACAAAACAAGAAGGAGAUUGCAGGGAAGAAGAAGAGAUGCAUAAUUUGUGUGCUACAAAUAGAAGAACAGAGCAGUGUUGUAGGGAGCAUAAAGAGAGGCUGAAGUUAUUUUGUAAGGAUGAUGAGACCUUUAUCUGUGCCCUGUGUGUUCCCAGACACAGUUUUGUAUUCCUGCACGAGGCAAUCAGUGUGUAUAAGGACAAGAUAAAUUCAGCUUUAACAUCUCUAGAAUCCAAAGUAAAAGAAUUUAAAUGCAAGCAAAACCAUCAUGAGAAGGCAACUGUAGAUAUAAAAGAAGAUGUUUUUAGUGUGGAGAAAUAUAUUAAACAACAAUAUGCAGACCUGCACCAGUUUCUCCUAGAUAAGGAACAACAAUUCAUCCAGCAGCUGAAGAGUGAUGAAGCAAAUACUCUAAAACAGAUGGAAGGAAAUCUCGAGUGCAUUAAAGAAGAGAUCGUUACCUACCUUGUGACAGACUCCGAUGGCAACUUGGAGGACAAGAUUAAAGAAGAGGACAGCCUGAAAAUAAUGGAAGAAAAUGUUAAAUCUGUUGAAAAUGAUGCUGUGGCCAUUAAGGGCAUUAGUCACAGCAACAUGGAGAUCAGACAACCAGAACCUGUUGGCUUGCUAACAGAAGAUGUUUUUAAUUUGGAGAAAUACAUUAAACAACAAUUUGCAGAAUUGCAUCAGUUUCUCCUAGACAAGGAACAACAACUCAUCCAGCAGCUGAAGAGUGACGAAGCAAAUACUCUAAAAUGGAUGGAAGGAAAUCUCGAGUGUAUUAAACAAGAGAUCGUUACCUACCUUGUGACAGACUCCGAUGGCAACUUGGAAAUCAAGAUUAAGGAAGAAGAGGAAAGCCUGGCAAUAAUGAAAGAAAGUGUUAAAUCUAUUGAAAAUGAUGCUGUGGCCAUUAAGAGCCACAGCAACAUGGAGAUCAGACAUCCGGAACCUGGUGGUUUGCUAACAGUACCAGAAACAUUUGAAGAUGUCGCUGUUACUUUCUCAGAAGAGGAGUGGAAGUUGUUAAGGAAACAAGAUAAGGAGCUGUACAGGGACGUGAUGGUACAGAACUCCGAAACCUGUGUUUCUGUUGGAUACAAAAUUCCUCCAGAGAAGUUAUUACAGCUAUUUAAAGCAGAUGAAGUUCCAAGGGAUGUUGUGAUGGGAAUAAAUAUCAGGAAGCAGAAGGAUCAUUUUGAAGAUAACUUCAACAGUAUGUAA